AUGUUUGUACAACGACGCGUUGUCGAUGCUUGUUUAAGACAUUUAACACCACGAAUUAGCCAUGAACAAUCAUCAAUAAUUCGAGCAAGUGUUCAAGCACAAAGUCUUCGUCACAAAAGUGAUUCAAAAGAUGUCUCAAAAAAUACUGACGGCAAAGUCAAGGGACAUAUCAUUGGUAUCGAUUUGGGUACAACUAACUCAUGUGUUGCUAUCAUGGAAGGCAAAACACCAAAAGUAUUGGAAAAUGCUGAAGGUAUGCGAACAACACCAUCCGUUGUUGCUUUCAGCAAAGAUAAUGAACGUCUUGUCGGCAUGCCUGCUAAACGCCAAGCAGUAACUAAUCCUCAAAACACAUUCUAUGCUACAAAACGUUUGAUUGGACGAAAAUUUAACGAUGACGAAGUUAAAAAAGAAAUGCAAAGUGUAUCGUUUAAAAUUGUACGUGCCUCGAAUGGUGAUGCCUGGGUAGAAGCAAAUGGUAAAACUUAUUCUCCAAGUCAAAUUGGUGCUUUCGUUUUAAUGAAAAUGAAAGAAACUGCUGAGAAUUACUAUGGUUCACCGGUGAAAAACGCUGUUGUUACUGUACCAGCCUAUUUCAAUGAUUCCCAACGUCAAGCAACAAAAGAUGCCGGUCAAAUCGCUGGCUUGAAUGUCCUCCGUGUAGUGAAUGAACCAACAGCUGCUGCACUUGCUUAUGGUCUCGAAAAAUCGAAUGAUAAGAUUAUUGCUGUAUAUGAUCUCGGUGGUGGUACAUUUGAUAUCUCAGUUCUUGAAAUGCAAUCGAAUGUAUUCGAAGUCCGUUCAACCAAUGGUGAUACAUUCUUAGGUGGUGAAGAUUUUGACAAUACAUUGCUUAAACAUCUCGUUGCUGAAUUCAAGAAAGAAAGUGGAAUGGAUAUCACAAAAGAUCCACAAGCUAUGCAACGUUUGAGAGAAGCAGCUGAAAAAGCUAAAUGCGAAUUAUCGUCUGCUGCUCAAACUGAUAUCAACUUACCGUAUUUAACAAUGGAUGCGUCUGGUCCCAAACAUAUGAAUUACAAGAUUACACGUGCUCAAUUCGAAAAUCUUGUAGCGCAUUUAAUCAAACGAACAAUUGAUCCAUGCAAAAAAGCCAUCAAAGAUGCUGAUGUCAAAGUCCAAGAUAUCAAUGAUGUCAUUCUUGUCGGCGGUAUGACUCGAAUGCCUAAAGUUCAACAAACUGUUCAAGAACUCUUUGGUAAAACACCAAAUAAAUCUGUUAAUCCUGAUGAAGCUGUCGCCAUGGGUGCUGCCAUUCAAGGUGGUGUACUUGGUGGUGAUGUUACUGAUCUUCUCCUUCUCGACGUUACACCACUCUCAUUGGGUAUCGAAACAUUAGGUGGAGUUUUCACAAAACUUAUCAACCGUAAUACAACUAUUCCAACUAAGAAGAGUCAAGUCUUCUCUACGGCUGCUGAUGGACAAACCCAAGUCGAAAUUAAAGUACAUCAAGGUGAACGUGAAAUGGCUGCCGAUAACAAAAUGUUAGGUCGAUUUAAUUUAGUCGGUAUUCCACCAGCACCACGAGGUGUUCCUCAAAUCGAAGUAACAUUCGAUAUUGAUGCUAACGGUAUUGUACAUGUAUCCGCUCGUGAUCGCGGUACUGGCAAAGAACAGCAAAUUGUUAUUCAAUCAAGCGGUGGUUUGAGUAAAGAUGAAAUUGAAAACAUGGUUCGUGCUGCUGAGAAAUUUUCAGCUGAUGAUAAGAAACGACGUGAAAUGGUUGAAGAAGUCAACCGUAUCGAAUCAAUCUUACAUGAUACUGAAUCAAAAAUGGAAGAAUACAAAGAUCAAUUACCAGCUGAUGAACAUGCCAAAUUGAAGGAAGGUGCUGCAAAAUUACGCGAAAAACUAUCCAACAAAGAUAACGAAACCCCACAAAGCAUCAAAGACGCUGCUGAUGAAUUUCAACGACAGAGCUUGAAAUUAUUCGAAACUGCUUACAAAAAAAUGCAAUCUGACCGUGAAAGCUCACAAUCAUCAGGCAGCUCAUCAUCAUCAUCAGAUCAACAAUCAUCUGAUGAAGAUAAAGAUAAAGACAAACAAGAACAACAAAAUAAAUAG